AUGUCGACCACACCAUCACCAUCCAAACGACCGCGUAUACCCACAUCCUCCGCUGUCGCCUCAGCCACCGCCUCGCCUUUUCCCGGUGCUGGUGCUGGCACUGGUCGACCCUCCCAUGGCGGACCACGCUCCGUCGGGCCCACUGGCACCUCUGCGCACCCCUCCGUCGGUCCUAUGCCCAUCGUGGGCCUCGGAAUGAGCCUCAUGGACACCUAUUCCCCCGCACCCGGAACCGUCGACUCUUACGGCAUGACCGGAUUCACGCCGUACAGCACCACCUCGCCCGCGUACAUCGCCGGUGCCGCUUCGGCAGCUUCUCCCAUCAGCGCAGCACUGGCACACGGAUCGCGCAUCCUUUCCGGCAUCCAGGCAGGCUCUCCCUUCUACAACAACGGCUCGACGCCCAUGAUCCCACAGCAAGCACGGUACGCGCCAGGGAUGAUGCAGCCAACACCGUCCCAGCUGCAACAACAUCAGCUGCUAGCAGCACAGCAGGCACAACAGCCGAGACCACCAUCAGUACCUCAACACGGCUCGCCCGAGUACUUGAAGCUCGCGUUGCAGCAUUUGCAAACCACAUUGCUGACGAGACUGGAGAGCGAUGCAGAGGCAUUCUUCGAUGCUGCAGACUCGGCGGUUGCGAGCACAGCAGACUCACGAUUGGUCGCUCAAAAAGCUGCCUCGUUCCAGCUGGCCAUGGACAACGUGUUGGCGUACCUCGAGAAAAACGGACUGGCAAGCAUUCCUCUUCUUCCCCUGCCAGAAUCAAAUUCUACCGACACUAAAGACACCGCACCACAAUCGACCGAGAGUCCAAAGGAUGCGGCCUCCACUACAAUUCAAGACGCAGCGCCAGCAGUACCAGCUUCGACUUCAGCAGAAGCAUCUCCGCCUUCACUCCAGACAGAAAUUACCCUGCUGCAACAUCAAGCCAAAGACCUCUUCGAUCGCCGUCAGAGACUCAAAGAGUCGGCUUCCAUUGUCGGCGGCAUCCUCGACUCCUAG